AUGCGUUCCUGGCUCAGCGUGAACAGUUUUACCGCUCUAGUAGCACUCUGCAGUUUUCAAGUCAAGGCAGAUGAUGGUGCUUCUCCUACAGCCAGGUUAGACUCCGGGCCUAUCGUGGGAACCACCACCGCGCUUCCUUCUGCAACCGCAGUUGUCAACAAGUUCCUUGGCGUGCCCUUCGCUGUUUCACCUCCGGAGCGAUUCUCACCGCCGCAAAGAGCCCGGAGACACGGAGUUCUGAAUACUACAGCGUGGAAGUCGGCAUGUAUCCAGCAGUUCAACUACCCUGAGGCAAGCCGGAACUUCACGAUAUCGACGUUCAACACCCCCGCUCCUGAGGAAAGCGAAGAUUGUCUCUACUUGAAUGUAUAUGCCCCAGCGGCUCCGGCACGAGGCGCUGGACGUGCAGUCAUGGUCUGGAUCUACGGUGGAUCCCUGAGAUUCGGAACUGCAGGACAACGAACAUAUGACGGCUCGUACUUCGCAGCAUAUGAGGACGUCAUCGUGGUCACGGUUAACUACCGCACGAAUGUCUUUGGGUUCCCCGCUUCCCCCGAGCUGCCUCUCAUCGCCCGUAAUCUGGGAUUCCUCGAUCAAAGGUUAGGCCUGGACUGGGUGCAACGUAAUGCCAGAGCCUUCGGCGGAGACCCAUCGCGGGUCACUAUUUUCGGAGAGUCGGCUGGAGCUUUCUCUAUCGACGCUCUACUCACAAGCUUUCCCAAGGGAAGCAAGCCACCCUUUCAAGCUGCUAUACUCCAAUCGGGGCAGUACAGCUACCGAACCACUCCUACAGUGAGCAGCUCGCCAGCAUGGAACAAUCUUACAGCAGCGCUCAAUUGUACUGGACCAAGUGCCCUCGCCUGUGCAAGGGCUGCCCCCGCUAGUGUGAUCAAGAACAUUAUAGAGCGAGGCGCUCUCCAGUUUGACCCCGUCCCUGACAAUCUCACAUUGGUGUCGCGACCCGCACAACGCCGCAUCUCCGGAAACAUUGCGGAUGUGCCCGUCUUAAGCGGUACGACAUCACAGGAGGGCCGUGUGUUCGUUGUUGGCCAGACCAACAUCACCAACUAUGUUCGAACAACGUUCCGCAGUGCUCCAGUAGCACUGCAGGACGCCAUCCUCGCUGCGUACCCCGUGGGCGGCGAGUAUCCAACAGGCUACGACGCCAUCGCCCAGAUAUUCACCGAGUUUGUAUUCCAAUGCCCCCAAGCCCUCUUCGCCAACGCCACAGCCGCCAUCGGCAUCCCAAGCUGGCGCUACUACUUCAACGCCACCUUCCCGAACCUGCAGCGCUUCCCUAAUGCGGGUGUCUACCACGCCUCGGAGAUCGCCAUGGUCUUCCGCACCUACAACAUGAGCACCGCGACCGCCGAGCAGGAUGCCCUCGGCAAGUUCAUGCAGGGCGUGUGGGCGCAGUUCGCCAAGAACCCGCAUGGUGGACCGGGCUGGAAUGCUGUGGGUACUGGUGAUGAGUUCAUUGGUGGAGCGGCCGAUCUGGAUCUUGGGGUAAUUGGAGGUCAGGGGUGGGCCGGGGUGAAGGUUAUUAGGGAGAGUGAGGUUGAUGGUAGAUGUGCGCUGUUUAGGCCGAUUUAUGAGGCUACUACUGGGCUCACGAUUGGGGCUUGA